UGCCAGUCAGUGCCACCUAUCAAUGCCAAUCAGUGCCACCUAUCAGUGCUGCCAAUCAGUGCCACCUAUCAGUGCCAGUCAGUGUCGCCUAUCAGUGCCAUCAGUGCCGCCUAUCAGUGCCAGUCAGUGCUGCCGAUCAGUGCCGCCUAUCAGUGCCAUAUAUCAGUGUCAUGUAUCAGUGUCAUGUAUCAGUGCUGCCUUUCAGUACCCAUCAGUCAUGCCUGUCAAUGCAACCUACCAGUGCCUCCUCAUAAGUGCCCAUCAG